AUGGAGCAGCUCGGGGCCAAGAAGUCCAACAAGAUCACGGAGAUCGUUCGCCUGCAGCAGAUGCUCAAGAAGUGGCGCAAGCUCUCCGUCGCGUCCAAGGACACGGCGGCGGCCUCCACGCCCACCACCGUCACGGUCACCGCCGGCGGCAAUGGCACCGGCGAGAGCAAGGCCAAGAAGUUCCUGAAGCGGACGCUGUCCUUCACGGAGAACCCGACCUCCGGGUCGCCGUCAGGGCCGCCGCCCAAGGGCCACCUGGCGGUGUCGGUCGGCCCGGCGAUGCGGCGGUUCGUGAUCCCGACGGAGUACCUGAAGCACCCGGCGUUCGCGGCGCUGCUCCAGGAGGCGGAGGAGGAGUUCGGGUUCCAGCAGGAGGGCCUGCUCCGCAUCCCCUGCGAGGUGCCCGCCUUCGAGGCCAUCCUCAGGGCCGUCGAGAAGAAGGACGCCGCCUUCUUCUACUGCAGCGCCGAGUUCGCCUCCGCCGCCGACGAGGUCGGCCGCGGCACCCCGCUGUGCAGAUAG